ACUUCAUUCAUAGUAUUGUUUUAAUCGUAUUAUUAGUUAGUAUGAAUUGAACGCAACAUAAUAAGACCAUGGGCAAAUUAAAGUUGUUUGAGAUAGUGUUGGACUCGAAUCAAAAUGUGUAUUAUCCGGGACAGGAUGUGAAGGGCAAAUGUAUGAUUGAAUUGAGAAGUGAACUCAAACUCAAGUCCAUUAAGGUGUAUAUGCGUGGUGUGGCUAAAGUGCAUUGGACUGAGUCCCGGUCCACCGGCAACCGAUUGGGCGCUUAUACUGAACACUACAACGCGGAGAUUGAAUACUUCUUUAAGAAACAGGUCCUUUGCGGACCCGAAUCGAGUGAUAGUAGAGAUGUAUUAUCUGAAGGACACCACGAAUUCAUGUUUGCCUUUCAAUUGCCGAACGGAGGAAUCUCGACAUCAUUUGAAGGCAAAUAUGGAAACGUUAGGUAUUGGCUGAAGGCUGAGGUGGAGAAGCCCUGGGGUUUCAACCAUAAAACCAAAAAAGCUUUUACUGUCAUCAGUCCUAUUGAUAUUAAUAGACGAGAAUAUUUAACACCCGUCGAGAAUAGUAUCGAGAAAUCGCUGUGUUGUUUGUGCUGUACGUCCGGACCCAUACAUCUGUACGCCAGGACCGAUAGGACCGGCUAUUGUCCGGGAGAGUCGAUAUCAAUAACGGCUGAAUUUGAGAACCACUCGCGCCGUACAAUCAUACCUCACGCCACGCUAUACCAGUCCCAGACAUUCCUGGCCACAGGGAAAUCCCGUUCCCGGCGUUUCAAGUUCACAAUCGUGACGGGUCUGGCCAUUCAGCCCCGACGGACCGCCAAUUGGGACGCACAGCUCCUGAAGAUACCGGCCGUCUCGCCAUCUAUUGUCAACUGUUCCCUCAUUAAAGUUGAAUACGCGGUCAGAAUUACGCUACAAAUACCGCUCAUCGCCUAUAAUCUGUCCGUCUAUUUGCCAAUCAUUGUGGGAACGGUUCCCCUCAGAGCUCAACCCUCCGGCUCUCAGUAUAGGAAUCCACUUAUGAGACCGUCGGAGGCGAGAAUGACUUUCUACCCGCCGGUGCCCUCCUAUUCAGCCCUCGAACUCGAAGACAUUUCAAUUACGCCGCCGCCAACUUAUGCCGAGUGUAUCAGCGGUUCAGUGGAUAUCGGGGACGACGAGGACGGAGAUAUCAUUGGAGACACAAGAUUUACACCGAUGUACGCAUACGUCCAUAAUUAUAGCCCAGCGCUGCCGCCGCCCGCCUAUUCCGAGAUCGAUCCGCACCCGAACCAACCGGACUGAAUGCGAGCCAAGCCUUACAAAUGGCAUCUAUUUUAAUAAAUUAAUAAAUUAAAGAAACAAAGAGAUUGUUUUCUGAAUUUAUUUGACACGAGUUUCAGUUCAAACAAACGAUUCAAUGGAUGAAGUGAUGCAUUCAAACUCUAUAUUAAAUGUUAGAAAAUGGACAUGAUCGACAGACACUUUUGGGACAUUGAGUUCAGAGACCAUCCAAACGAUUGCUACAAACAAAUCCGUUUCACAUCAAUGGUUGGCAAAGAAAGCGAUUGGUUUUGGAGUGAAUACAAAAUGGGAUUCAGUCUCGCAAACAAUGACAACGAUUACACCACUGGUCUCGUAUCGAAAUACACUCAAACAAUAUAUUGGGGAAAGUUUUCGGGCAAUGAUUUAUAUGAAUCUCAGUGUUUGGGCGCUCUUCAUAUCAAUUUCGGUCACUUCAAGCCAACGAUUGCUUUCGCAUUCAAUCCAAACACUAGUGAUGAGAAUGUUGUCUGUUUUGUGGACCAAAAGAGACAAAAAUCGGGAACAUUUUGUGAAGCAAACCGAUUAAAGCAAUUGAUAGACUGCACUGAAUCUGAUGAUCGUUUCGGACCAAUCGCUUACCACCAUUGGCUCAAGACAUCACAACCGAGACUAUUCUCAGCCAUCAAACUCUCGUUGGUAAUUAUCUUAUUUUAA